AUGGCACUUGGUCGAAAAACGCAACUAACAACACAAUCAAUCAAACAGCGCGAAUACCGAAGAGAAUACGUACCCUCGACAGCAGCCAUUGGAGGAGCAGCACCGGCGAGUUCUCCGGCAGUAUGUGCCAGGCCAUUGGAGGGCGAGCUUGAAAUUCCCCCAAAAGUCCCAACGGCGCUGCUGCCUGCGACACAGAACAACCCAAUCGACGCAAUUACAACGAAGAUUAGGGAUCGAGCUGCGAAAUUAAGCGGUGAGGCCAUUGGUGUUGUACGGAGAGACGGGGAUGCUGUCGAGAGAAAAUAUCGGACUGUUCUAGCUAGUUCGGCGGAUUUGAGCUAG